AUGCUUUUAGCAAAAUACGAGUGUACUAACGAGAAUGAAUUUAAAAUUUUAUUGAGAAGUUUGAUAAUAGGAUUAAUAAUAGUUAGCGAAAGAAGUGAUUUAAUUUUAGGAAUUAACGAAAAGAUUAAAAAUUGGUUAUUUGAUUUUAUGACUAAUUUAAGUAAUAGGAAAAAAAUUGACAGUGAAUUUUAUUUAGAGUUAUUGUUUAUAGAAAAAUUAUUAGAUAAUAAUAAUAUAGUUUUGAAAGAACACGAAGUUAAAGAAUAUAAAAAAUUAGUAGAAAAAAAGAAAAAAGCAAGAGAAAUAUUAAAAGAUAAAAAUAUUAUACAGAUGAUGAAUUAUAAAAUAGAUAUAAUAGAUGAAGCGUUUGUUAACGAAUAUAAUUUGAUUUGGAACAAAAAAAUAGUAUUAGGAGGAUAUAGAAAUUGGAGAAAAAAAGUGACAGAUGUGAUAUGGAAAAACAAAAUACUCAAUAGUGAAAAAUUGGAUGAUUUGUUUAUGUAUAAUUUUAGAAAAGAAUUCGAUUGGGAAACAACUUUGAAGUUUAUCAGUAAUCGUUCUAUUUUCACUUCUAGGCAAUGUAAUCAGAAAGAUACAUAUGAUAGAUCUUAUAGGAUAAAAAAUAUUUUAAAAGAACUGCCAACUUAUGAUACUCUUCUUAAAAGAAAUACGAAUAGAAUAGACAAUGAUCUAUGCAAGAGAUGCAAUAAAAAUGAAAAAGAAACUUGGAAACAUAUUUGGAUUUGCGAAGGUAACGAAGUAAUGAUCGACGAAGUUGCGCAAAAAGCAAUUUAUAGAUUCAAAAAGAUUUUAGAAACUAACGAUCAACAAGAUGAAAUUAAAAUUUCAAUUUUGAUUUCAUGAGGAUAUUAGAACAACCUUCAUUAUACUUAGAGGAAAAAUCUGAAUAUGGGAAAUUUUAAGAAGAGUAUACAAUAAUAAUUUCAAUAACUUAACGAAAUGUAAAAAAGAAAAAGAUGAUGAGGUAAAAAAUUUAACGAAAAAAAUAAAAACAGAAAAUAAUCUAUUAAAAAAACAACAAAAGAAUUUUUAUAAAAAUCUUAGUCAGGUAAUGCUAAACAGGUUAAUAGGAGCGAUAGCAGAUGAUCUAAUAUUAAUAAUAUUUGGGAUCAAAC